AUGUCUACAUUCGACCUAACACGGAUCGUAGAUGCUCUCCAGUCGACGAAAAUCAAAAGCCGAAAUGAUGCAUUGGGUCUUCUAGAGGGAUUACCUGCUUCCAAAUUGAGACUCGAGACCCGUCAGUUCAAUACUCUUGCUACUGCUCUUCUCAAGCUUAUUCAAAGAGAAAGAGACAUAUAUGCCCAUAAUUCCACCAAUCCUGUCGUAUCUCGACUAUCUACUGCAUCGAACUUCCUUUGGGAGCUCGUGGAUGAAGCGUUGAAGAAGCCCUCUGGAAGGCAACCCCGCUUCAAACACUUGCUCGCAAUCGUCACAACUAUAUCUAGCUGCUUCUUCACAGCUGAUUCCGUGAUAUUAGGUCCCUGUGCCACUCUGUUUGCUAAAAUACUUAAGUCCUCUUUAAGUCAUCAGUUCUUCUUAACUCAUCUCACGGAAGAAACUUGGACAAAACUAUACAAGUUUCAUAAGCGUGCAUUAGAGGAUAUUUUGGAUCAUAAAGAUGACAUUCACACAUUGAAUGAAACCCUUCUCCAAGAGUUGUACCAGUCCUUGUAUUUACUAAUCGGUGGUGAAUCUCCCGUGGUUCUUUUACCGCUUUUGAAAUACGAUAUCUAUUUUCCUCUUCUUCGAAUUUUGAAACUAACUUUGAGAUUGUUCAAAAAUAGGGAAUCAAUGACCGUCGUUGUCGCUUUCAAGGUCAUCAAUAAACUCUUAAUUGUGCUUUCAACUGAAGACUAUAUGUUCUUGCACGAACUCAUCAAUAUUGCACUUCGAAGUUUCAACAUGUUUGUGUCAUCUCCACUUGAGUCCAUUCAGAAACAAAUUGCAAUUUUUCUCAACUUGGAAACAGUCUACAGGUACGUUGAAAUUUCAAGCCUUCCGAAGCUUAUUGGCUCUGAUGGCAUUAUAACCAGUAGCGACGAUGAGCACGAAAGUAUCCCAGAGAGCAGUGUGCAAUUGUACAACAUUGGUUCGUUGAUUCAGAGUUUAAUGAUUCAAGUUCAGUCAGUGUCUGUUAGACUCAAUCCAAAUGACAUAGGAUUCACCUUUGCCAGUACCAAUAUUGAAUUCUGCUUGCAUGGUAUGUACCUCAAGACAGAUAGGGCGAUCCCUUGGCUACUUUUGAGAGGCUUGUCCAAACUCAUUGUAAAAUAUUAUGACAUGAGAGAAAAACUCUCUCCAAACAUUCCGCUAGCAAACUUUCAUGAAAUGAGCAUGCAUAUGUCAGUCCUGGGUGGCUCAAUGUAUAAGAGGCAGAAACUCCAAGAUCAGAAAACUCAUUUGUGGACAUGCUCUAAUGCUUCGCUGUUUUUCAAUUCAUUGAUCACAAGCUCAAAUGAUCCAAAAGAGCAGAUUUGUGGUCUUCAACUUUUAGCGUUCCAUGCUGAGCUAUUUCAUCUUACCGAGAAUGCACUGCCUAUGGCAAAAGAAGAACAUGAAAGCUCGAAGACUUUGGACUUCAACGAAUCAACAAUUCUAGACAUAAACCUUGGAUAUGGUGAUGAGUCCCAGGAGACAAUCGUGGCCAUCACGAAUAUUCUCAAAGUCCUCAAUGUAAAAUCUCUAACAUUUUGGGCUUUUUUAGCAUGCCGAUCCAUUCUUUUCAAUACUGAAAUAAAUGUAGCGAGCUGCAAUCCUACCCUUACGAAAAGAUUACAUCAAAUAUUGAAACUUUUGAUACCAUUUAUAAACGAUGUGGAGAUUGGUACUUUAGCAGCAGACAUUUUCUUUCAUAUUGUCCGAAACCAGUCAGAGAACGAUGUAUCGAAGCUCUUAGAUAAGACAAUUAUUAGCCAGCUCGAAAAUCUAAUAGAUUUAUUAGAAUUGAGUGGGCCCUUCUCGUUGCACAAAACUGCAUUGGGUUUUUUUUGGGCUAUUACCAAAGUGUAUGCUGAUGCAGAAGUGUCCCGAAUGUCAAACUUCACGCAGAGCCUUGGUCGCUGGUUUAUCACGAAGUGGAACGAAAAGUACGUUGAUUCUUCUUCUGGUUUGAAAAGAUUUACUGGUGGACGUUCCCCAUCACCAGAAGAUGUAUCAACUUUCCUUCUAUGGAUGAGUGGGAAGAACGUACUCCUAGAUUUAUCUAAAUCAACCAUCCCCUUGAACCUGUCUUUACAGGACUUAGAGAUCCUUCUCAGAUCUGCCAAUGAUCAUAGCGAAUUACAAUCAUUUAUUGUUCUUGACGAGUCAGUACGAAAUAACGAGAAAGCUUUUACGGAGAUAUCAUUCCCUAUGCUAACCCAAAAUGAGUUUGUUUUUGACACUAUUGUUGCCCGAAUUUUGGAUGUUUCGGAAUUGGUAUGUCAUUCGGGAGAAACAUCAGAUGUACUAUCAUCUUGGGCGAGCUCAAUACUGAUUAUAGCGGACAUCUUAGCGUGCAAUUGUCUAGAAAGCUCGAGCCUUUUCCGCAAUAGUGCACAUCAGCUAUGGAACACGUUGAGCACAUCUAUUCAUCUGCGCCAUGAUGCGUCACUUGCUCUUUCAUGUGUCUUAGAAUCUAAAGUGACAAGAAAGCAACUAACAGAUACAUUUUUCCCAUUCAAUACCUUUGACAGCUACUUUCAGAGAUUUUUUGGAAGAAAAGAUCAACCGCAUGAGGACAAUCAUAAAAAUGAUUCAGAUUUCGACUCAGAGUUUUCGACUCAACAAAAAGGAAAGAGUAGGACAGCGUCGCCUACUGACGUGUAUGAUCGGCUGAGUUAUGAGGAGGCUAUUUCCUACUUUAAGUUCUACGCCUCUCUUAAGAAAAUAGAUGAUGAAAACGUACUUAGGUGUAUUGAGACAAUCCCCUCGAAAGAACGUUUGAGCUGUCUAAGAAUCUUGUUACAAUCCUCCUCACAAAACUCUACUAACAAUUUCAAUGCUAAUUGGUUGAUACGACUUGUGCGAGCACUAGGCGAAGGACCUUUAUCAGACCAAGAGCUCGACAGGUGUGAUACUGUGAUUGAAGUGUCUUGUGAUCUUCUAAUGUUGACGAUACCCACUGCGGUAGCAAAUAAAGAGGAAAGCUUGUUGAAGGAUUGUAUUGACUUAUUAAGCUACUUUAUUCUGUGCUGUCAGAAAUCAUUGUUAGUUACGGGAAAACUGCAAGUUUGCGUUUGGAAAAUGAUAUUCAGUUUACUCAUCGAAACUGAUUUUGAAUUUGCCAACAGGUCAGAUAUACAGACCCUUUUCCUAGAUUCUCUUGAAAGGUUUUCCAACGCAAUGACGAUUGAAAUUGCACAAUCAGUGCAGAAAUUCCUUAACUUCCUUGACCUUUCAGAGCAAAUGAUAUUUUACAAAGAACUUUUUUCUAGAUUUAAGGUGUAUCAAGAAUCAGUUGAAAGGUUUGCAACAUGUUGUCUUUUUUUCUGUUUGAUAUCGAAGGGAAACUUUCAAUUACGCAUAUCUGUCCUAUUCAAUUUGAUUGAAUGCACUAAGUUUGAAUUUUUUGAACCUUACUUGAGACAAAGCAUCAAACUAAUAAGCGAACUCUCCAAAAAACACGGAGUCAAGUCUCUUUUUAGGUCUCUAAGAUUCGAGUUAUUAAAAUGUUGGUGGGGUCAUCAGCUCAACAUCUUGAAAUUCCCACAUCAUUUGUUUGGUUAUAUAGACACCAGAUCAUUUCUUGUGGAGAACUAUAAAGAAAUAAUUGCAAUUCUGCUUUCCAUAAAACAUCCAAAAUCUGAAGAAGAAUACAUCAAGAUUAUUGACCACUUGUCCAAGAUUCGCUCAUCCGAUCGCCAAAGUAUGCUAAGUGAUUCUCUCCCUCUAAUUGUUCCAUUAGCAUACACGACUGAAGGCGUUCGGAACAAUAUAUUCAAAAUUAUUGCUCACCUAUUCAAUGAGGCUUACAAAGCGUAUAUGAGAGAAAAAUUACUUUUGCAAAUAUUGCAAACGAUAAAAUUGACGGAUACCAAGAGCGAACAAGCAUUCAAAACUGCUCUUAAGAAACAGUCAGACCCUCUUUUUCAGUCUGAGGUAAUUUUGGAUACAUCGGCGCAAGCGGUGGUAUCAACAUUAUCAAGCGUGGAGUUAAUUGGUGCAUUGGUUAGAAAGUACUGGAGUUCAGAGAAGUCUGAAUUCUGGAACUUGAAGACAGUUUACUUCUUAGUGCGCCAUAUCGGGAAGGAUAUUAGUGACUCCGUGGAAAAUGAUACCCUUACAUGCUUGAGGCGGAUCAAAUACGUUCUUCUGAUGAGCCAAAUCAAGAUUAACCAAUUUGAACUUGUGAAGCUUUUGAUCGAUAUUUGUUGCCCUUUACUUAUUACCAGCCUAAGAGACGAGGUUUUACCUAUUUUAAACUCUAUUGACACAAGCUUCUUAAAUCUAGCAUCGCCUGAAAAGUCUAUUCCUCUUUUAUUUGGGUUACUAAAUACGGCCUCCUUGGUCAGAGAUGGUAUGAACAACGUCCUGUUCUUCACCUCACUAGAUGAAAUAUUGCAUUUUCAAGGAUCAAAAUUGACAUCAGCACUUCCACUAAUGCGUGCAAUGAUAGAUCUAGUGAUGGGCUCAUCAAUUCAUUUGGAUAUGAAAUCAGUUGAAGAUUUUUUGGUAGACCCAGAUUUUGAGGGAGCGAUAGACAAGAAUCUACUGACUGUUUUCAUGUUAAUAUCUCGGUUAUAUCCUCACAUCGCCUCUAGGCAGAUUACCACUACUAAUGUGCGAUUGAUCAAAAUUUUCAUCAAGAUGAGACACAGCGAGAGUUCUAGUGACGAGCUUAAAAUGUGGAUGUCGAGUACUUUAUCCUAUUUUUAUCUUUCAGGAUAUGCCCAUGAAAAUUUAGAUGAGUUCAUCUUGGAUCAAGAAUACGAAGGCGUGAACAAAGAGGAGUUUGUGAACAAAUAUGGUAGCUUGGAUCCUUUCAUGAAGCUGCUCUUGUCAUAUGGAGAAAAAUGUGAUUUUAUUAAUGCUGCGUUCAUCGAAACUAUACUAGGAGCAUUAUUAUGGAAAUACGAAAGGCGCCCUGUGGAUGUGACAAAAUUUUUGCCUUUCGAAGAGUACUAUCCUAUCUUGAAAGAAUAUUUGAUACCCAUCGAUUUCCAUUCGUGCGUGCUCUUAAAUUCAGAGUAUGAUAUGCAAAUCAAGAGUGAAGAUUUGAAUGAUUUUUUGGCAAAAUUUAAGGACAUUCUUGUGAAUGAUUCCUAUGAAGUUUGGGUCUCUCAGUUCCUACUUUCUCUUAUUCAAGAGAUAGCUAAGCAAACAAGUAUUGCAUCGUUAUUGGCAAGCUCAGUUCUUCAAAUUCCAUCCUUAUCAGUGGAGAUCUUACCAAGUUUCAUAUGCUUUUAUAUAUUCUUGACCGGAGAGUCAGGUGCGGCUAAGGUCUAUGAUUUCUUUCAAGUAUAUUGGAGUAAUUUCCAGCGCUCUCCUGAUGACAAAAGCAUUGAUUUGAUCAAAAACAUAAUCCUUUCAAUCAGGAUGGGUCUGGUGCUUCAAGUUGAAAGUUUUCGUAACCUAUACAAGAAACUCAACGUUGACAGUGUAUUUAAGGUCGUCAAGGAGGGUAAUUUGGCGAAAACAUCAUUGAUGUUAUUUGAAGACUCGAUUGAUGGUAAGAUUGAAAAUGUCAAUUGGUCAGAUCACAGGGACACCAUAGCAACAAUCUAUAAACUGUUAGGCGAGGAGGAUAUGUUAUCAGGUCUUCCAGAAGACGUUUCGUUUGAUUACGCAAUUAAUCUCAUCGAUGACUUGGGCAGUUCCUCCGAGAAGAUGAGAUAUGCAAGUGGAUUGCUUGAUGCAUCGAUUGCAUUGACAGGAAAUUCCCAUUCGAGGAAUGUCAUCAGAUCGAUGUUGGAUGAUGGUCAUUUGGGAACAUCCAGCUUGGUGGAUAGGUCUCUUAAGGACAAAGAGGACUCAUUCGAAUGGGCUUGGAAACUAAAUCAAUGGGACGUUGUAACAUCCAGUUGUCCAACUAACCCGCAUGAAGCCGUUUUUUCUUAUUUCAAGCUGAUCAAGGAAGAUGUGUCAGCGUCACAAAGAAUAUUUGAGAAUCUGAUAUUGAACAUGAUGAACUGCAGUACUGAAUUUUCAGAAGGGAAAACUAAUUAUAAAAGAAAGAGAGAAUCGGCGCAUCUGUGGUUUGAAACAAUGGCAUGUAUUCAUGUAUCCAAUAGAAUACUAAGCUCUCCUAUUUGUCAGUUUAGUGAAGAGAUAGAAAGCUUUGAGAAAUUAACUAGCUGGUUUCAAUCCGCUAGUAUUAACUUCUCAGAAAAUAUACUACAAGCUAGACAACUUGCUUUUGUGAUUUAUGGUUCGCAUGCUUUACCAGUACGGGAAGGGUCGAUUUCGUCAAUAACUUCAGGUACAAGUGCAAACCAUGAUCUAUGUUGGCAAGCAGCUGUUGGUGAAACUUUCCGCCGAGCCAAUUUAUAUCAGGAGAACCUCCAACUUCAAAAGAUGGUGAGCGCAUCGAUUUUCAUGAACGAAUUCAUUCAUGCAUCAGAUUUUUCUGACGACAAUAUUGGAACCCAAUUGCAAAGACUCUCAAAUUUCCAAGCAGCCCACUCUUUGUGGACCCAGGGUAAAACGGGCAUUUCCCUUGCAAUGAUGAAUGAUUUGAAAGAAACAGGUCUUAUAUUUACGUUCCUUCAUCGAACGUGUGUGGAUAAGAAUCUCAUGAAAGCGACACUCGUAAAAUGGCUAGCUGAAUCGAGACAAGAGCUCGGCACUAGAUUAUUGGAGAGAUUAGUCGAUCCAAUGCGAGAGGAUAUAGAGAUGGUGGAGAAUGUAUCUCUGCGUUCCUUGAUUUAUCACUCUCUUGCUCAUUUCUGUGAUCUGCAAUAUAAGUCUCAUACCAUUGAAGACCAAAUAAAGGAAUACUCAAAACGUGUUGAUAGAAAGAAGAGAGAGAUUGACGAAAUCAAAACUCAUUACGGGCAAACAUCGGUUUCCGCAACAGAGAAAAAAAUGGUCCAAAAGUAUUAUUCUCGAUUGAAGAGCCAGGUUACCUCUGAUACGUCCAAACUUGAGUCUCUUAGAGAAACAAAGAGACAAUUCGCUAAAAAUGCUGUUACAUUCUUCUUAAAGGCACUACUUUUGAAUGACGAUGCAGAUAAUGACGAUAUGGAUAAAUUUUUCUCUUUAUUUUUGGAACUCAGCAACGAGGAAACCCUUCAACAAUGCAUCAAAAAUGAUCUACGUUUUCUUCCCAGUUACAAGCCUUUGAUUUGGUGUACACAGUUACUCUCCAGAAUAUCAAACGAGAAAACCACAUUUCAAUUUUCAGUUCAGGAUUUAAUAUUGAGAGUUUUUCAAGAACACCCCUUCCAUUCGUUAUACUACCUUGUGUCUCUUAUCUAUCACGAAGAAUAUUCUAAAACCUCAAAUUUGAAGUCGAUGUUACCGAGGAUUGAAGCGGCAAAGAAAUUGAGAGAAAAAUUAGCCACUUUGGAUUUGAAAUAUACCACAGAGAUUCUUUUGCCAAUUGAACAACUUUGCAAAGAAUGUAUCUCGUUAGCAGAGCUUAAAACUUCUAAAGGAAGAUCCUUGCAUCUUGAUAAGUUGCAAAUCGGAGAGUACUGGCUUAAGCACCUUCCAUCAAUACCACCACCAACCUUCAGUCUUGCUGUAAGCAAAACUGGAUAUUCCAAUAUACCAUACAUGAUGAACAUUGGGCAUACAGUGAGCAUUGCUACAUCUGGGAUCAGUCUUCCAAAAAUAGCUACUUUCACGCUUUCCAAUGGCGAUCAACAUAAAAUGUUGUUGAAGUUCGGAACAGAUGAUUUGCGACAAGAUGCUACUAUGGAGCAAGUUUUUGAAAAAGUGAACAACUUUCUACGCAGAGAUAAGGAAACUAGAAAGAGACAUUUACAAGUACGUACGUACAAAGCUGUCCCUUUGGGACAUAGGGCUGGGGUCAUUCAAUUUGUGCCUAAUAGCAAAGCAUUUAUUGAGGUCAUUCGACCUUACCACCUAAAAUCUGACUCACUCAAGGGUGAGAAAGCCAGACAAAUGAUGAAGGAUUGUCAAACAGAGCUGGCUCCACAUCGAAUUCUGGUUUAUAAUCGGAUCAGUCAAAGAAUCAAGCCUGUGUUACGGCAAUACUUUGUUGAUCACUUCGUGACACCCGAUGAUUGGUUUGAUGCACAACAAGUUUACACAAGAGGAAUUGCUUCAUCUUCAAUGGUAGGAUAUGUGCUAGGUUUGGGUGAUCGGCAUUGUAAUAAUAUUCUCUUGGAUCAAUACACUGGGGAGCCCGUUCAUAUUGACUUGGGAGUUGCUUUUGAUCAGGGGAAAAGACUUCCUAUUCCAGAAACCGUUCCUUUCCGUUUAACGAGAGAUAUUGUCGCUGGUUUCGGUUUUACUGGGACCAGAGGCACUUUUAGUGAAUCAUGCAAGCACACCCUUCGGGUUCUACGUGAUUACAAAGAACACAUUCUUGCAAUUUUGGAUGUUUUAAGAUGGGAUCCUUUGUAUUCCUGGUCCAUCUCUCCCAUUCGGAUGAAAAAACUUCAGGAAGAGGAUCCGGGCGUUGAAGGCGUGAAUGCACACGAAGAUGGUUCAGAAGCGAGCACAGCAAUUCUUACUGUUAAAGAAAAGAUCCACCAUGAAGGGCUCAGUACAGAAGCAACCGUUCGCGAAUUAAUUAGAGAGGCUACCAGCGAAGAUAAUUUAGCAUUGAUAUACUGUGGAUGGUGUCCAUUCUAUUAA